UCGAGGUAACUGAGAUAGUUCAAAUAGUUUUUGAAAGACUUGGCUACCUCUUUUACAUCGUCAUCCCAUACAGGACGUCAUAUGAGACUCCAGAGGAAGUGCCCAACUAUGCAUUUCAAGUUCUUCCUCACUAUAUGAUUCUUUUUGUGCUGGAAGCUGCCGUAGCUGCUUACUUAAAGAAGCCAGUUUUCAGAGUGAAUGAUUCCAUUGUUUCUGUCUCACAAGGAUUAUUGCAGCAGAUAUCUUUCAUAGCAUUUCGUGGAAUACAGCAUGCAGCAUAUUUCUUCAUUUACGCGCACUGGAGGCUUGUCACACUGCCUUGGAAUUCAAUAUGGACGUGGUGGCUUUGCUUCCUUGCAGAAGAUUUUACAUUUUACUGGCUACACAGAGCUUGUCAUGAAAUAAAUAUUUUAUGGGCAGCUCAUCAAGUUCAUCAUAGUUCUGAAGAUUUUAAUUUAUCAACAGCACUGAGACAGUCUGUGUUGCAAUAUUAUUCGAUCUGGCUAUUCUACUUGCCCUGGGCUUUCUUUAUUCCCCCUAGCGUAUAUUUAGUUCACAACCAGCUUAAUUUAUUAUAUCAGGCCAUGUUGCAUACACAAGUAAUCCGUUCACUAGGACCUCUAGAGUACGUUCUAAACACAGCUAGCCACCACAGAGUUCAUCAUGGUAAAAACAGAUACUGCAUUGACAAGAACUAUGGUGGAGUUUUGAUUAUUUGGGACAGAAUAUUCGGAACUUUUGAAGCAGAAAAGGAGGAGGUAGUUUACGGUCUCACCCAUCCUGUCAAUUCAUUUGAGCCUAUUUAUAUUCAGUUACAUCACUAUAUGCACAUAUGUAAGACAGCCUGGAAUAUGAAAGGUUUUAAAAACAAAAUAUAUGUCAUAAUCAAAGGUCCUGGGUGGUCCCCCGGAAAACCAUGGCGUGGCUGUAUUGAAGAUGUACCAGAUGCGAAAGCUCCUGAUGUGAAGUAUGAUCCACAUGUUCCCCUCACUUAUAAGCUUUAUGCAGUUUUACAUCUUGGUGUGCUUCUUCUUGCUUAUGCAGAAAUAACUACAAGAAGUCUG